AUGUUGUUCAAAACCAUUCUUGUUCCCGUCUUGCUAGCCUUGCGCUCUGUGUCAGCCUUCCCGAACCCAGGUGUCGACGACCAUGACUUAGAAGCCAAGCGUAGCGAAGGGGAGUUGUUUGGUACACGUACCGACAACAAUUGUGGCAAAGACGCAUACUGGGAUCAUGGCAAGCAUCAAUGCGUCUGUCGUGACAAAGGAAAGUCCUAUGACUCAAACACCAAGACAUGCAACUGCCCGCAUGGCAAAACAUGGAACGGCCACGAGUGUGUCUACGAUUGUGGCAAGAGUGCUUACUGGGAUAAUGGAAAACAUCAAUGCGUGUGUCGAGACCAUGACAAAGUCUUUGACCCUAAAACAAAGACCUGCAACUGUCCGUACGGAAAGAUCUUUGACGGUCAUAAGUGCAUUCCUGAUUGCGGGAAGUAUGCGAGCUGGGACCAUGGCAAGCAAAAAUGCAUCUGCAAGAACAGGGACCAAGAAUAUGACCUCAAAACGAACACUUGCAAGUGCCCAGAUGGCAAGGUUUGGGACGGUCAUAGAUGCGUCUACGACUGUGGCAAGGAUGCCUACUUUAACGACAAGAUACACAAGUGCGUCUGCAAAAAGAACGGCAUGGAGUAUGAUCCAAAGACAAAGACAUGCAGCUGUCCUAAGGAUAAGAUCUGGGAUGGUCACCACUGCGUAUACAAAUGCGGACCAGAUGCUUACUUCAAUCCAAAGUUAGGCAAAUGUGUCUGCAAGAAGGACGGCAUGGAGUACAACCCACAGACAAGAACAUGUAGCUGCCCUAAGGGCAAGGUUUGGGACGGCCACCGAUGUGUCUAUGACUGCGGCAAAGAUGCAUACUUCAACCCCAAGUCACACAAAUGUGUUUGCAAGAAGGACGGAAUGGACUAUAACCCACAGACAAAGACCUGCAGCUGCCCCAAGGGCAAAGUGUGGGAUGGUCGUCAUUGUGUCUAUGAUUGUGGCAAGGACGCAUAUUUCAACCCGAAACUACACAAAUGUGUUUGCAAGAGAAAUGGCCAAAUCUUUAAUGAACACACCAAGACUUGCAGCUGCCCAGAGGGAAAGUUUUGGAAUGGUUGGAAGUGUGAGAAUAAGUGUGGCAGAGAUGCCAGAUGGGACAGCAAAUGGCAUAAGUGUGUUUGCAAGAAGAACGGCCAAGUCUUUGACCAGCAUACCAGGACAUGCCGAUGCCCAAGUGGCACCGUAUGGAACGGCUGGAGAUGCGAAGACAAGUGUGGAAGAGAGGCAGACUGGAACAACAAGUGGAACAAGUGCGUGUGCAAGAAGAACGGCCAGAUUUUUGACCCUCGUACCAAGAAUUGCAGUUGCCCUAGUGGAAAAUUCUGGAAUGGUUGGAAGUGUGAGGAUAAGUGCGGCAAAGAUGCCUAUUGGGAUAACAGGUGGCACAAGUGUGUCUGCAAGAACCAUGAUCAGGUCUAUGACCCUCACUCGAGGACAUGCAAGUGUCCCAAGAACAAGACCUUUGACAGUCGCACUAACAAGUGCAAGGAUCGACAUCAUUAA